UGGUGCGGGGGGGCUGGGAUCGGCGAAGAUGGCGGCGGUCGGAGUGGCCGGGCGGGGCGGGCCGGGUUUGGUGCGCACCCCGCUGGGCUGGGUGCUGGGUCUGUCCCUACUGCUGGGCCUGGGGGCGCCGCCUGGCGCUGCCACCACCCACUGGGUGGUCACUGAGGACGGCAAGAUCCAGCAGCAGGUGGAUUCACCAAUGAACUUGAAACAGCCUCAUGAUUUAGUGAUGCUCAUGAGACAAGAAACUACAGUUAACUACCUCAAAGAUCUGGAGAAACAGUUAGUUGCUCAAAAGAUACAUAUAGAGGAGAAUGAAGACAGAGACACAGGGCUUGAACAAAGGCAUAAUAAAGAGGAUCCAGACUGCAUCAAAGCAAAGGUGCCCUUGGGAGACUUGGAUCUAUAUGAUGGCACAUACAUCACUUUAGAGAGCAAAGAUAUCCGCCCUGAGGAUUAUGUAGACACAAAGUCUCCUGUACCUCCAGACCUGCAACAACCAGACUGUACAAAAGUUCUAGAUCUUCCAUACAGCAUUCAUGCUUUUCAGCACUUACGGGGUGUUCAAGAGAGAGUUAAUCUUUCCGCACCCUUGUUACCUAAAGAAGAUCCUAUCUUCACUUACUUAUCCCGACGGUUAGGAAGAAGCAUAGAAGAAAUAGGCCAUCGCAUUUAUGAAGGUCUAAUGAAGAACUCUUCUUCUUGGGUGCUCUAUAAUAUGGCAUCAUUUUAUUGGCGAAUAAAGAAUGAGCCAUAUCAAGUAGUGGAGUGUGCCAUGCGGGCUCUCCACUUCUCCUCAAGGCAGAAUAAAGAUAUUGCACUGGUAAAUUUGGCAAAUGUUCUACACAGGGCUCAUUUCUCUGCGGAUGCAGCCAUUGUGGUCCAUGCAGCUCUGGAUUACAGCGACUUCUUUACCAGCUAUUACACUUUGGGAAAUAUUUACGCAAUGCUUGGGGAAUACAACCACUCAGUCCUGUGUUAUGAUCAUGCUUUACAGGCCAAACCAGGGUUUGAGCAAGCUGUAAAAAGGAAGCAUGCUGUCCUAUGUCAGCAAAAACUUGAGCAGAAACUGGAGGCUCAGCAUAGAUCACUUCAGCGAACGUUAAAUGAAUUGAAGGAGUAUCAAAAGCAGCAUGACCAUUACCUGAGGCAACAGGAGAUCCUAGAGAAGCACAAGCUGAUUCAGGAGGAGCAAAUCUUGAGGAACAUCAUCCAUGAGACACAAAUGGCAAAAGAGGCACAAUUAGGGAACCAUCAAAUUUGUCCAUUGGGCAAGCAGCAGCACAGUUUGCACUGUCAGUGGGACCAACCUGUUCGCUAUCAUCGUGGAGACAUUUAUGAAAAUGUAGAAUAUGUUCAGUUUGGCGAGGACUCAUCAACUUCCAGUAUGACAUCUCUGAAUUUAGAUCUUCACUCAAACCAAAGUGAUCUCAGCCAUUCUGUGCUGUCUUCUCCUGUUGCUCAUUCUGUUGUUUUACUAUGGGACAUGGAAUCAGAUGCCUACAGGGAAAAACAGCAUAUUCUUUGGCCUAAAAGAGCAGACUGUGUGAAAUCCUUCCCAACAAUCCCUGACCCGGAGGAACUACCCACUUAUUUCCUACCUCCAGAAAACAGGGGUCUCAGGGUCCAUUCAAUCCCAGAUGGCUUAGAAAAAGCCCCUGCACAUGAAGAAAUACCACCGCCAGAUUGUUCCUCUAUUACUGAUGCCCGCAACAAUGAAACUCAAUACCUAUUUUUCAAAGAUUUAGACAGUCAUCUAGAUCUGAAAUUUAAAAUGCCAGAUGAUCAAGCACGACAAAUCUUGCAUUCUCGCAUCAAUAAUCAAACUAUUACAGAGGAGCAAAUAGGAGGAUUCAUCUAUCAUGCCAUUAAGAAGCCAAGGAAUCCUCUAUGGCUUGUACUGAAUGAGGCUGGACUCUACUGGCGUGCAGUUGGAAACAGCACCUUUGCUGUCACCUGCUUGCAAAAAGCAUUGAAUUUAGCCCCACAUGAAUAUCAGGAUAUUCCUCUAGUCAAUCUAGCCAACCUUCUGAUUCAUUAUGGCCUUCCCCUGGAUGCCAGCAGGCUCCUGCAAAAAGCUUUGGACAUCAAUAGCUCUGAGCCUCUAACUUUGCUGAGCCUAGGAAAUGCAUAUUUGGCUCUGAAGAAUAUCAGUGGGGCCCUGCAGGUCUUCCGACAGGCAUUGAAUUUGACCACAAAGUGCCUGGAGUGCGAGAGCAGCCUGAAGUUGAUCCGCUGUCUACAAUUUUACCCUUUUCUGUACAACAUCACCUCUUCUGUAUGCAAUGGCCACUGUCAUAAGAAAAACCCAGAUGACAUUCAUGACAAGCAGAAGUACUUUGGUGAACCCCAGGAGUCAGUAACAGCUAAAGAAGAAAAUUCUGAGGGAGGUACAGAAGACACCACAGAAUAUCGCAUUCAGAGUUCAACAAGGGACCCUUCAUCUCUGAGACUGGAAAACACAGUCAUUGCAGAAAGCAAUGGUUCAGAAGGGCUGGAAAAUUUGGGAGACGCUCAGAUGUCUGAAGAGAUGUUGGCUUUGGUGGAUGAGUUUGAAAAUUCCUGGCCUCUGGAAGCCUUUGAAGGGGCACUAGAGGUGAAAGGUCGUCGGAUGGACCUCCAGGGUAUCCGAGUCCUAAAGAAAGGCUCCCAGGAUGGACUGGCUAGUUCUUGUUUUGGGGAUUGUGGGGAUGAUGAUGAAGCUGAAUGGAUCACAUUCCAGGUCAAACGAUUAAAGAAACCAAAAUCAGAAAGCGUGGAUCUUCAGGAGCCCACGGGGAGAAAUGGAGAAGAAGAGGUUAAUGGGGAAAAUGAAAACCUUUAUGAAACUGCACUGGAAAUCAGUGGCCCCAAAAUACCCUCCCCAGGACCACCAGGAAAACAGCGUGAUUAUCGCAGCCUUGGCUGGCCAAGUCCUGAUGAGUGUUUGAAACUCCGCAGGGUAGAACUCACUACUGUUGCCAGCACAUGGUUAGCUGUUUCUGCUAAAAGUAUCGAUAUUACAGACCAUAUAGAUUUUACCACACAGCUGCAAGAACCGGCUAUGGAGCCUCUUUGCAACCCCAAUCUACCUGUCAGUAUGCAUACCUUGGACCAUCUACAAGGGGUCUCAAAUCGGGCUAGCCUGCAUUACACUGGAGAAAGUCAGCUGAAAGAGGUAUUACAGAAUCUUGGCAAAGACCAGUAUUCUCCACAGUCAUUAGAACAAGUCGGCACUCGAAUAGCCAAAGCUUUGGAAAAGAAUCAGACCUCUUGGGUCCUUUCCAGCAUGGCAGCUCUUUACUGGAGGGUGAAAGGCCAAGGAAAGAAGGCAAUUGACUGCCUGCGGCAGGCCUUGAACUAUGCGCCAUAUCACAUGAAGGAUGUACCACUAAUAAGCCUUGCGAACAUCUUCCACAAUGCAAAGCUUUGGAAUGAUGCCAUUAUCGUGGCUCGCAUGGCAGUAGAAAUAGCCCCACAUUUUGUUGUUAAUCAUUUCACACUGGCAAACGUCUAUGUAGCAAUGGAGGAGUUUGAAAAGGCCAUGAAAUGGUAUGAAUCAACAUUAAAACUCCAGCCUGAGUUUGCACCAGCAAAGAAUCGAAUCCGCACCAUCCAGUGUCAUUUACUUAUGAAAAAAGAACGACGGUCUCCUUAAAGAUCAACAUCUUCCUUUUGUUUUUGUUUUUUAAUAAGAAAACAAAGUCAUCGAUUUCUAUUCUGCUUUUAAUGAAGUGUGCUAAGAUAAAUCAAGGAGUCAAUAUCUCUAACAAGACUCUUGGAAAGAAAUGGGGUUUGGAUCAAGGGGGUUUUGUUUGUUUGUUUGUUUUCAGAUAUAGGAGCAUCUUUGGGAAAUAAAUA